AUGAGUGGUCGCGGCAAAGGCGGUAAAACUCGGGUCAAGGCGAAGACCAGGUCGUCACGCGUGGGUCUGCAAUUCGCCGUCGGUCGUGUACAUCGUCUCCUGCGCAAAGGCAACUACGCUGAGCGCGUUGGUGCUGGUGCCCCAGUGUACCCAGCCGCAGUUCUGGAAUACCUUGCUGCUGAGGUCCUGAAGUUGGCUGGCAAUGCUGCCCGUGACAACAAGAAGACCCGCAUCAUCCCCCGUCACUUGCAACUGACCAUCCGCAACGACGAGGAGCUUAACAGGCUCUUGGGUGGUGUGACGAUUGCCCGAGGUGGUGUGUUGCCGAACAUCCAGUCGGUGCUUCUGCCGAAGAAGACUGCCAAGGUGAAGGCCUAA